AUGAGUUCACAAACCAAGAAGACUGCUGAAACAACAGCAACCACUGCUCCUCAACAACAACAAGGAAAGAAAAAAACCUCUGAGAACAUCAAUGCUCGUUUACAAUUGGUUAUGAAGAGUGGUAAAUACUCAUUGGGUUAUUCUGAAACCAUGAAGAACUUGAGACAAGCUAAGGCUAAAUUAGUCAUCGUUUCAAACAACAUUCCUCCAAUCAGAAAAUCUGAAAUUGAAUACUACUCUAUGUUGUCACAUGCCGAUAUUUAUUUCUAUCCUGGAAACAAUGUUGAACUCGGUACUGCAUGUGGUAGAUAUCACUCUGUUGGUGUCAUGAGCGUUUUGGAAGCAGGUGACUCUGAUAUCGUUAGAGCAGUCAAGAUGAUGCAAACUCAAUAA